AUGCAAGACAAGAAGCCGUGUGCAUUCUUUAGUGAGAAGUUGGGAGGUGCAACCUUGAAGUACCCCACUUAUGACAUGGAAUUGUAUGCACUGGUGAGAGCAUUGGAGACAUGGCAGCAUUAUCUACGUCCAAGAGAGUUUGUGAUCCAUACUGAGCACGAAUCUUUGAAAUUCCUCAAAGGGCAGCCGAAAUUAAGCAAAAGGCAUGCCAAGUGGGUAAGUCUCAUUGACACCUUCUCCUAUGUCAUUAAGUAUAAGACUGGUAAAACGAAUGUUGUAGCCAAUGCCUUGUCUUGUAGACAUUCCGUACUAGUUUCUCUUGAUGCUAAACUACUUGGUUUUGAGAUGUUAAAGGAGCUUUAUGCAAAUGAUGAUGAUUUCGGUGAAGUGUAUAAUAUAUAUGUUAGGAAUCUGCAUGGAAAAUACUUCUUGCAUGAGGGAUUUUUGUUCUAUGUUGAUAAGUUGUGUGUGCCUAACUCCUCCAUCCGGGACCUAUUGGUACGAGAGGUACAUAGUGGUGGUCUAAUGGGACAUUUUGGUAUUGUUAAGACUCUAGAUAUGUUAUCUCAAAGGUGUAAUGAUUCCAUCUAUGUUGUAGUUGAUCGAUUUUCAAAGAUGGCUCAUUUUAUUCCUUGCCAUAAAAUUGAUGAUGCAUCACAUACUGCUAACUUGUUUUUCAAAGAAAUUGUGCGUUUACAUGAUUUGGCACCCUUACUAUCCUCUAAGCACACAAGCUUAGAUGGGAAAAGGAAAGCUGAUUUUGUCCGUAGGUUACAUGAAGCUGUGCGAGCCAAUAUUGAGAAGCGAACCAUGCAAUAUCUCCAGCAAGCGAACAAGCAUCAUCGUAAGAUGGUUUUUGAACCUGGAGAUUGGGUUUGGUUGCACUUAAGGAAAGAACGGUUCUCUAAGCAACGCCAAAGCAAAUUGUCUCCAAGGGGCGAUGGAGCUUUCCAAGUGGUUCAACGUGUCAAUGACAAUGCAUACAAAUUGGAGUUGCCUAGAUAG